GUUUUGAUUUGGAUUCAAAUACCAACAGAGAGCAGACCCUCUCUCUAAAUGGAGACUCUGACAAGUGGAUAGACUUUUCCAAAAUGCACAAUUCAAAUCAAGAAUAUUACUUGAAGCUAGAAGAGUUGAAGAAUGCCCACUUGGAGACCAUGGCAAAAUUAGAAAGUAUGUAUCGGAAUAAACUGUAUUUAAAAGGAGUACAACCCUCGGACAAGAAAAAUGCUGCUUCUAACACGUGUUGUAGGCCAACUUGGGAGAAGAGCUCGUGUCAGCCUCUAAAUUUGCACAAAUCCUUUUCAGACUCUGACUUAAGUGAUCCCUUAGGCUCAAGUAUAUCUGAUGGGUCUGACAAAGAAUUAGCCUUUGAAGAAAAUGGUAGUGAAACUGGAUCAUCUGCAUUUGCCAAGGAACAGAUUGAAAAAAUGUGGGACGGGUUCUCUGUGGAAGACUACGUCUCCCGCACCAAACACAGUUUACCAAGCUCACCAGCCUUCAGAAUGGUACGGAAGAAACAGAAGGCAUGGUCACCAAAAGUUACUGUGCCCAAGCCUUUCCAGAUGACUAUUAGAGAAGCUAGGAAAAAAGAACAGAAUGUGAAAUCAAAGUCACAGAUUGAAAUAGAAAAUAACUUAUUGAAGAAGCAACUAGAGGAAGAAGCAGAGUGUCAGAAAAAGUUCCGAGCCAACCCAGUGCCUGCUGCCAUCUUCCUUCCGCUCUACCAUGAAAUUGUGCAACGAAACGAAGAACGCAGGAGGUCUGUGAAAGAGAGAAGCAAACUCAAGCUCGCGGCUUCUCAGAAGCCAUUUAAAUUCAUUGAACGAGAGAAGCAAAGGAAUGAAAUUAGGAAAAUGCAAUUAAGAGACCUUUCCACACCUGAAAAGAAAACAAAACCGUUCAAAGCAAAACCAGUUCCUAAAUGUGUUUAUGGUGCAGCCGUUAACGACAAGCUAAAGGAGGAAGAGCUCUACAGAGAAAUCAGGAUCAGAAUGAGAGCUGAAGAGUUGCUACGUAAUUCAUCUCCACCCAACAGCAGACUGGCUUUAAAAGAUACCAGUAAAAGGAAGAAACACAAGUGCGUUGAACCAAAGGAAACAGAACAUAAACCCAGGAUCAAAUCAAAUGUUCCAGAUUUUGAAUUACUACACCAGAAAUUUCAGAAACGGCUCCUGCAACAAAAACAAGUGAAACACCUUACAGUCUGUGAACCUUUCGAUCUUCGUACUCCGUAUAUUCCCUCAAACAAGGGGAAGAUUUUGAAGGACAUUCAAGAGGACGAAGAAAAGUUGAGAGAAACACGCUGGCCAUAUGCCUCUCCAAGACGCAAACCUCAAAUGAGACAUUCAAGUGCAAAUUCACAUCUCUCAGGAUUUGGGGAAGCUAAAUCGCCAAAAAUCACAGAAUCCACAAGACGACGGCUACAAGCCAUGAGGAAUACACUUGCGGAAAAGAGAAAGCUGGAAGAACAACAAAAAAGGAACAGAACAAAGCAGAAACAAAGAACGAAAAAACUCAAGAAAAUUGUAACAACUCGGGCUGAGGCCAAUGACCCACAUCAGAGCCUAGCUCAGAUGUCUAAAUCCAAACUAAAAACAUUCAGGAAUUAUGAGAAGCAGAGAAUGCAAGAAUAUUUGCAAGAGUUGCAAGAAAUGGAAGAAAGAGUAAAUCAAAGGCCAUUGCUUUUUGAAAGAGUCACUCAGAAGAGUGCCAGAAUAGCUGCAGAAAAGCAUUAUUCUGACAGACUGAGAGCGCUGGGGAUAUGCCCAGAGUUUGUUUCAAAGAAAGGACAAACAACUAAAUUGCUACAAUGCUCCAGUGCUGAAGAUUUUAAUAACUCCACUGAUGCCAGAGAAAGAGUCAUCAAGGAUAAAGUGAAAGAAAGGGAAUCCUUUGAGGAAGCAGCUGACGGCAGUCCAAGGUCUGAGCAGUCUCGUGAGGAGGAGGAGGGACAGAAGAGAAAAGGUGUCAAAACCUCUGCCCAGGAUGGCCAGUCCAGAGAGCUGGAGGAUGAGGAAGAGGCAAGAACCAGCCCUUAUGCUCAUCAGCCUUGCCAUGCAGAGGAGGCUGGGUCCAGCCCCAACUCUGACCAGCACCGUGAAAAGGACGAGGAGAAGGAGGAGGAAGAAGAGGAAGCAAAGGCAGGCCUGUCGCUUGGCCAUUCCCAGGAGGAGGACGAUGAUCAGUCAAGACCCAGCUCUCGGUCUGACCAGUCCCAUGAGCGUGAAGAGGAAGGUCAGUCUGACCCUGAAGCUGAGGAUGCCUUCAGAUAUGAGGAUGAGGAAUACGAAAGUGAUGAUUCAGAAGAGAAACCCAGCGAUGAUGAAGCUGACUGAAAGGAAGGCAGACAGGAUGGCCUGGGGCUCAGGAACCUAUUUCAUUGCUGGCAGCGAAAUAGACAAAGAAAAACUUGGCACUUUGCUACUGAUACAAAAUUCUGUGAAUUUAGACCUCUUAGCUUAACAGUCUUUCCAGCACAGAAAUUUCGUCUAUUUUCCAGUAAGAAAGAUCAAGUUACUAAUUUCCACCAACAAAGGAAUUUACUUUAAUAUUAAUCUUCUUUAUUCUAGUCUUCUGUGACAUUAGUGCACCUCUGUUCAUAAAAUGAACGGCAACCACUGUUCAAUAAUGUCUUGCAUGCUGCGUUGGUAAGUACUGAGGUCUUAUGUCUAGCUCUUUCUAUGUGCUGGCAAAGCCAGAUGAGAUUUUGGAGUAGUAAUUUGCCAUUAUCAGUGCCUCCCAGUCUCAAACAUUUCAAUAUUUCUGGGGUCUGUUCCUGCAACAUCUUCUAGGAUGGCAAUGAACAGACAAGGGUUUGUUGUGCAAGGCCUCUGAGUGUUUUUAGCAGAGCAGCCACUAGGAAGACAAACUUGUUGUGCAGUUAGACAAUAUGGCCAAAUUAAUCUGUUCAAUUCCUCCCUCCUCUUCCCAUGGGGUUCGUCUUCUUCACGUCUUAAGUGAGCUGAAUUGGCUCAGUGAUGGGUCAGAUGAGUGCCAGGGCCAGAAAAGAUUACUGCUUUUGGAGGAAACAAGCUGUUAUAUCAAUCCAACUACUUUGUCCAGCUAAAAUAUUAACAGUAUUGCAGUUGCUCUCCCUAUAGUGGAGAAAAUGCCUAGAAUACACUGAGAGGAACCACUUAAGCUUUCAGAGAUUUUUAACGCUUACAGACAAGUAAGGUAGAAGAGUAAAUCAGCAGAAUAAUAUGUUAUGCUGCAGAUCUUAUAUUACUGUCUAACCAAGCCCCAGAACUGUUCUUUCAAACUCCAUUUUGUUUUGAAGAGCUCUUCGCAUGAUCGUGUAAAAUCAUUCUUCAUAACAUAACAAAUGCUGACAUUAAUCUUCAGAUUUCUUUAUUGAGACAGUAAACAGACUGUAAAGACAAUCUUACUACGUCAGAUAAAAAUGUAGCCCAGCAACUCUAGUUGCAUGAAAGAAUGGAAAAAAGUGCUUUAGUACCUUUUCUUACACACUUGCUACUCAGGACUUUAGCUACUACACAACAAAGAAUACAAAUGGAAGGUUUGGGAUUUUUUUUUCCUUCUUUGUAUCAGUAGCACCUUCUCCUCCUAUUACUGGCUUUCUUGCUAACCCGUCGUAUACGAUGUUAAGAAAGAAUGCAUCCACAUAAUAACAGACCACAAAUAAAGAUUGCAAACA